CCGGACUGAGGACCUUGCACCUUGCAGCUUGCACACUUCGCUCUCAGGGUUCUGGGAAGCUGCAUGAAGCGAUCCAUGGGUUGUCGUGUCAUCGCUGGCAAAUGGGCGACGACGAGCCACGGCAUUUCCACACACCGUCGACCAGCGCGACCUGGGACGAGGGUGGGUCGUCGGGUCCGGGUGUGGAGGAGACGGAAGCAAAUGAAGGAGGCCUUGCCUGCCCACUUGCCAACCAGAAAAACGCGGGGGUGGGGUUUCUGAUUCCAACCGCUCACUGGGCCGCCUCUCUCUGGGCGACCCUCAACCUCCGCAUCUUCCCUUGGCUUCCAAAUCUUGUCUUCCUUCGAGUUUCGACGGUUUCCACACUUCGCGAUCAGGUUUCCCAACGCACGCUCUCCUGUGAUGUAUACAAGUCCGAUGCAUCUUGGAUACCUAGAACCCGAGACGGGACACAGGUCUUCUUGUCUGUUGCCCCCUAUGAAGAAACGAUACCGACAAUCCAUGCAAGGGUCCGAGCAAUCCCCUCAAAGCUCAGCUCGGCAACCGCCGAUCAUCUCGCCCGGCAACGGUUGAUGGUGAUGAAGUGCGCGCUGAAUCAAGGCCAAAACCUCGCCGCCGGGCAAAGGGAGCAUUGGUUAGGUGGGUGGUGUGAGCGAGUACACACUUGUAGUACCUCCUUGUACACAGUCAUGCGAAGGCACGGCUACCUAGUGUGACAGCUCAGGCUCUCAACGCUCUCAACGCUCUGGGCUGCCUGUGCUCGGUCUUCCAUCCAGUGGGUGAAGCACUCAAUUUCUCAGUACCUGGUAUCCUUGUAACCGACACAGGAGGUACCAAGGAGUUGCCUUUUUGUCUCAUUUCUUUCGACUUCACCGAUCAGGACUGGUUCGCCAACUGGUCCACACCUCCGACAGACUUGUAACU